AUGGCGACAUCACCGCUACAGCUAUUGCAUGAGGCCUUUCCAGGUCGCGCAAAACAGAUUGACCAGAUCCUCGGCUUCAUGGGCAAGCCAUGGGCGGCGACACCUCCAUCCCUACUUAUCAAUGGAAACUCCUCUCUGGGAAAGACAGCCGUCCUCAAGGCGACCUUGUCCGCCAUGCUGGGUGGCGGCAGUGACAGCGGCAGCAGCAGUACUCACAUUCAAUCAGAACAACAACUACAGGAACUCCGCCGUCGUCUUCCCAGUCGAUAUGCAUUCUUGGACUGUGUAGAGUGUCACACCCCACGCCUCAUCUUUGAACACGCCAUCUAUCAACUCCGUAAUCCCCCACCUUCGCAGGACAAGGGCUCAAUAAUAUUCCCAUCGACGCAUACACCAACAGCAGGAAUGAGUGAGAAGAAGGAAGCAACGACUGUAUCUCGGAAACGGAAACGAAUGACGACUAGCCCACUGGACUGGAACAGAUGCGAGAAUGUCAACGAUUUUGUCGAAUGGUGCCGCAAGAUCUGUGACACCAAGGACGAACUUGACGAAUUCCACGAGACCCAUGGUAACCAUCGAGUGGUAUCCGGAAGUAUCAGUAAACACCAAAAUGAGACGCGGUACUUGGUUCUGGACCGAGCGGAGCGAUUGCGAGACACUGCACCGACCUUGAUUUCUGUCCUGAUGCGUUUACAAGAACUGACGGGCCGCAACAUAUGUGUGGUCCUAAUCACAACAAUCGUAUGGGAAAAAUUCCGGUCCAAGACAGGCGGCUACGAGCCCAUUGUGCUCAACUUUCCGCAGUACACUAAAUCAGAGACGGUUGCAAUUCUGAGAAAGGACUUGCCGGCGGAGGAAGAGGAGGACUUGGAUUUGUAUAUGAGGUUUGUGGAUCUGGUAUAUGACGUCUUUCAGCGCAACUGCAAGGACUUGAAUGAGAUUCGGCAUCUUGUCGCUCUAUUGUUUCCGCUCUAUAUCAAGCCCGUCAAGGAAGGCAAGAUCCAGAAACAUGAGGGAUUGAAGCUGCAUCGGCAUAUUCAGGCGUACUUUGUGGAGGCAAUGGACAAGUUGUAUCUGCGAGAGAUCUCGAGCACGGAAUGGUCAGAUCGGACAUUAUCGACGGCUUCUGGAUCCUUGUCUGGUGGUUCUGGUUCUACUGGAGGAGGGGCAGGAGGACAUGUCUCUGCAGCACCUGGAGGCGAUCGCGCCCUCACCACUGCGCUUGAUGUUCAGAAUGUAUUCGAUCUGCCGUACUACACAAAGUUCAUCCUAAUCGCAUCCUUCCUCGCAUCCUACAACCCACCCCGGCUUGACAUGCGCUAUUUCGCAAAAGUCUCCUCCACCGGCUCGAAAAUGACCAAACGCUCAAAAGUCGCGGCGGCCAAAAAACAUGGCCAUGACUCGAUGGGUUCCAAACUCCGCCAACAGCUCCUCGGCCCUAAACCCUUCCCUAUCGAACGCAUGCUGGCAAUCUUUUAUAGUAUUCUGGAUGAAGAGGUGGAGGAGAAUGUGAAUGUUCAUACGCAAAUUGCAUCGUUGGUGUCGUUGAGGAUGUUGCAGAGGGUGACGCCGAUGGAUAAGUUGGACUCUAUCAAGUGCAAGUGUAAUGUGAGUUAUGAGAUGAUUAAGACGUUGGCGAAGAGUACUAGGUUUGAGAUUGAUAAGUAUCUCUAUGACUUUUCUUAA